AUGUUUAGAUGGAGGAGUGAGAAAAACAAGGUCAAAACCGUUUUCAAACUCCACUUCCAUGUCACUCAGGUGGUGCAAUCUGGUGUGGAUUCUUUGGUACUUUCUAUAGUUCCUGGAGAUAUUGGAAAACCUACUACCAGAUUAGAGAAAGCGGUAAUAAACAAUGGAGUUUGUAAAUGGGAGAAUCCUGUUUAUGAAACUGUUAAGUUUAUUCGUGACCCGAAGAAUGGGAGAUUCGGUGAAAGAGUUUAUUAUUUUGUGAUUUCGACGGGUUUAUCCAAAGCUAGUACUUUUGGGGAUGUUUCCGUUGAUUUUGCUGAUUAUGCAGAAGCUGCGAAGAUUUCGUCGGUUUCUCUUCCCAUCAAGAAUUCUCAUUCUGAUGCUGUCUUGCAUGUUUCAAUCCAGAGACUGCAAGAGAAUAAUGAUAAAAGAGAGGAAGAGGAAUGUGAAGAUAUGAAAUUAAAACUGAAUGAUAAGAGCUUAAGGACUUAUUUAAGCAAUGGAGAUGCGGUUUCACGCACUAAAAGUGAUUCUUCUGAAAUUUCACAGGAUGUGUCUGGCAAUGGAAACUCAGAAAGAGCUGGAUUGAGUGCUGAUUGUAGGACAUCUAGUGGAUCUGACAUUACAUUGUCAAGUUCCGACGGAAGCUCUGGACUUGAUACUCCUCGAGAACUUGGGCUAAGAAAUACCAGCGUCCAUCCCGCAAAAAUUGGUGUUCCUUCGGUCACUAGCCACAUUUCAGAACCUCAAAAACCUGCGGUAAAUGCUUUAUCAUCAAUGUAUGAUGUACAUCAGAGAUCGUCGCACUUCCGAGACUCUUCAGCCGGUUCAGACAUUGGUCUCAGUACGGAAGGUUCAAUACAUGGCUCUCAGGAUGCUCUUCAUAGGGAAAGAUCCCAUCAGGCAUCCGAUAUAGAGAAUGAAAAGCUCAAGGCUGAGAUUGCUGUUUUGGCAAGGCAGGUGGAUGUGUCAGACAUGGAACUUCAGACUCUUCGAAAACAAAUCGUAAAGGAGAGUAAAAGAGGGCAGGAACUUACAAAGGAAGUUAUCAGCUUGAAAGAGGAAAGAGAUACACUCAAGAUAGAAUGCGAAAACUUCAAGUCUUUUCGCAAACGAAGGGACGAUGCCAAAGUGAGUAGCAGGUCACUAUUGGAAAGCGGGGAUCUUCAUACUCUUGUUGAAGAAAUCAGACAAGAAUUGAAUCAUGAGAAGGACAUGAAUGCAAAUCUCAGACUACAGUUAAAUAAGACACAGGAAUCAAAUGCCGAACUAGUUCUCGCCGUUCAGGACCUCGAUGCAAUGUUGGAGCAGAAGAAUAAUGAAAUACUUAGUCUUUCCAAUAAUUACAAACAGGCUAAGAACUCCCAUGGUUUUGGGAGAAAUGUCUCUAAUUGUGAAACAGACGACGAUGAACAAAAAGAAUUGGAUGAGCUUGUUAAGAAUCCAAAUAGUCCGAAGGAGACACACUUACUCGAGAAAAAAAUCACGGAUCUCUAUGGUGAAAUAGAGAUGUAUAGGAGAGACAAAGACGAGUUAGAGAUGCAGAUGGAGCAGCUUGCACUGGACUAUGAAAUUUUGAAACAGGAAAACCAUGACAUUGCGUAUAAGCUGGAACAAAGCGAACUGCAAGAACAGUUAAAACUACAGUAUGAAUGCUCUCCUCCUCCUGGCAUAGACGAAUUCGAAGCACAUAUCCAGAAUCUGGAAAAUAAACUCAAGAAACAGUCGGAAGAAUUCUCAAAUUCUUUGGAGACCAUCAAGUCUCUUGAGAACCAAAUUCACAGAUUAGAGGAGGAACUGGAGAAACAAGUGCAAGGAUUUGAAUCUGAUUUAGAUUCAGUGACACAUGACAAAGUUGAGCAAGAGCAAAGAGCUAUCCGAGCAGAAGAAGCUUUGCGAUGCACCAGACUUAAAAAUGCUAAUACUGCAGAGAGACUUCAAGACGAAUUUAGAAAGCUGUCAAUGCAAAUGGCCACGACGUUUGAGGCAAAUGAGACGGCUACCAUGAGAGCGCUUACGGAAGCAAGUGAACUUCGCAUGCAGAAAAAACUAUUGGAGGAAAUGUUGCGUAAAGUCAAAGAAGAUCUUCAGUCAGUCAAAGCUGAUUAUGAAGUAAAACUGAAUGAACUUUCCAACAAAAUAGAUACCAUGACAGUUCAGAUGCAACAGAUGUUGCUGGCAAUUGAUGACAAGUCCAUGCAACUUGAAAAUCAAAAAAAGCACGAGGAAAUUGUUGGCAGGGAUUUCUUCGAGGAGAUCCAGUUGCUAAAAGCUGAGAAUGAAAAGCUUACAGUGGAAAUCUCAUGCUUAUAUGAGCAAGUAAAACAAAAAGAAGUCUCAAGUUCUGACUUGGAACUUAUGAAGAAAUCACUCGAGGAAUAUGAGACCUUGUUAAAUACUCAAAAGGAAGAGCGAAACGAGCUUGUGAGUACAACUGCUCUGUUGAAGAAGGAAGCAGAACAGUCACUUGAUGAGCUAAAUAGGAUGAGGCAUCUCAAAGACCAAGAAGAGAAAGUGGGUAAACUCUUGCAAUCAGAGUUAGAAGCACUUAAAGCUCAAUAUAGUGACCUGAAACGUUCUCAUAUUGAUGAUGAGACUGAGAAAGAAAUACUAAGAAAACAAAAUUUCCAUCUUAACGAUGAACUGAAGAAGAAGGACGAUGCAUUAACCAAAAAAAGUGCUUCAAUUUCUCAGAACUCCAAAGAAAUGACAAAUCUGAAAGAGAAAAUAAAAACGCUUGAGGACCAGAUAAAGUCAAAGGAGAUUGCCUUGGAAAAAUCAGCUUCUUCACUUUUGGAGAAGGAAAGGGUGCUUCAAUCCAAAAUUGAGGAACUGGAGAACAAAGUGGAGGAACUCAAUCAGAGCAUCAAGGUUGCUGCGGAUAAGAGUUUUACUACUACAAACGACAGAUCUGAAAAAGUAAGAAGUUCAAUUGAGCAUCUCAAUAAUGAUACUUCAUGCAUCUCGGACGAAAAUGGGGCUGUAAUGUCAUCACUCAAGAGUCACGCACAUUUGUCCGAGAAAGAAGCGGAAAAACCAGUAAUAGACAAUAACAGCAAUGUCCGACUCAGUGAUGUUUUAACAGAACUAUCAUCAUUGAAAGAAAGAGACAACUCAACGAAAACCGAACUAAAAGAGUUGCAAGAAAGAUACUCAGAAAUGAGUCUCAAAUUCGCAGAGGUCGAAGGCGAAAGACAAAAGCUUGUCAUGACAGUAAGAAGCCUCAAGAAUGCUAGGAAGGGAUAG